CACGAAAGAGACCGUAAAAACUUAGAAAGUAUAGAAGAAUGGAAUAACCAACAUAGACCUGUCAAAUAUUCUGACAGUGACAGAUAAAUGCAGAGUGUGUCAUGAAGAUCUAUCGAGAAAUUUAUCAACAAAUUAUGUUACAGUUAAAUAAUUUUAUUGUAUUAACCAGUUUGUUAGAAAAUCGUUCAAAAUGAAACUGGUAUCUCAAGAUAUUGAUAAAAACGGUGAGGGUAUGGUUACCCUCAUCCCCGAAGAAGCUGAAGAUAUGUGGCAUGCAUAUAAUCUCAUUUCGGAAGGAGACUCGGUUAGAAGUACCACUAUCAGAAAAGUUCAAACUGAAUCUUCUACUGGUUCUUCUACCUCUAAUAGGGUGCGAACAACUUUGACUAUUACUGUAGAAUCAAUAGAUUUCGAUACUCAAGCAUGUAUGUUGAGACUGAAAGGAAGAAAUGUCGAAGAAAAUCAGUAUGUAAAAAUGGGUGCCUAUCAUACUUUACAUCUCGAGCUCAACAGAAAAUUCACACUAAAAAAACACGAAUGGGAUUCUGUAUCUCUAGAACGCAUUGACAUGGCUUGUGAUCCCACAAAGCUCGCAGACGUCGCCGCUGUCGUAAUGCAAGAAGGUUUGGCGCACGUUUGUCUCAUAUUAUCUAGCAUGACAAUUGUAAGAGCUAAAAUCGAUGUAACCAUACCCAGAAAACGAAAGGGUUUUGUACAGCAACACGAAAAGGGAUUGGUAAAAUUUUAUGAUCAAGUAAUGCAGGCUAUCCUACGGCACAUCGAUUUCAGCAUAGUUAAGUGUGUACUAUUAGCAUCUCCAGGAUUUGUUAAGGAUCAGUUCUAUGAGCACAUGUUCCAAACAGCUGUGAAAACGGAUAAUAAACUCCUGCUUGAAAAUAAAUCGAAAUUCAAACUCAUCCAUUCGUCUUCAGGAUUCAAGCAUUCAUUGAAAGAGGUUCUUCAAGAUCCACAUGUUAUUAACAAAAUAUCAGACACAAAAGCUGCUGCUGAAGUAAAGGCAUUGGAGAACUUUUACACUACUCUUCAGUGCGAACCUUCAAAGGCUUUUUAUGGUAAAAAACAUUGCGAAACAGCCAAUGCAGAACAAGCUAUUGAAACCUUGUUGAUUUCAGACAGUUUAUUUAGGUCACAAGAUGUCAAAUUACGCAAAGAAUAUGUGAAUUUAGUUGAUUCUGUAAGAGAAUCUGGAGGUGAUGUUAAAAUAUUUUCCAGUCUGCAUGUGUCGGGAGAGCAAUUGGAACAACUGACCGGAGUCGCAGCCAUUUUAAGAUUCCCCAUGCCUGAAUUAGAAGAUAGUGAUGAAGAAAAUGAAGAAAGUUAAUGGAUGAUUAUUUUUGAUUGCCAUUUGAUAAUAAUUAAUUGAAUUUUGUUGAGUCGUUUCGUAUGGAUAUUAUUGAUACAAAGGCAACUGUCAUGUGCAAGAGUGCCAAAUAGGAUAUAUGAGUAUUAAAAUUGUAUCAAUGUUUUAAACUUAUUAAAGACUAUAUUUGGACUUUGAGUACUAGUCCUAUUAUAUUCUUUUACAUAUGACAGUGUUCAUUUUUUUUUUUUUUGAAAAAUGUUAAUAAAAUCCAUAUGCACUACUAAAUCAUCCUAGUGUAUUCUAAAACUCAAAAUUUUGGUAUACAUUUUGAUGGUAGUUUUUUUAAGAAUUUUUUAGUUGUUGUUUUUAAGUUCUCUUGUAAAUGAUUAAGUAGCAUUUUAAAUAAAUUGUUAUGUAUGUUUUUUUUUUGUAAUUGGUAACCGA